AUGGAGACGCUACGGACCGCUCCGGAAGCAUCGACUUUCGUCCCGAUCGCAGAGCACCAGUCGCGAACACCGAGCUCGUUCCAUGACGGACCUCCGGUGCUUCACUACCAGAGCCAGCGCUGCAAAGUCGUGAUUCUCGAGCGCGACCUCGUCGCCACACCUGCUCUUAAUGCGCUGCGCGGAGCGAACGCCUCUGCGAACGGGUCCGCGCAAGAAUCAGAGCAGGACGAGGAAAAAGAGAUCGCCAUUGAAGACGUCGACACGUGGGUGACAUCCGAUAAAUUCCUCCUCUUUUCUCCCUCCGCGUCCACGGGAGUUUCCAUUCCCUAUCCCUCCAUCUCCCUGCACGCCAUCCAGCGCCUGCGCGUACCGGGCACCGACGCCGAGGUGCAAGGUCUGUACAUGCAGAUCGCGACACCGUCCGCGCCCGCCGAAGAUGACGAGGAGCAGUGCAUCACGCUGACCGUGGUGCCACCGGCAGCCGCAGAGCGCGCAACGGAAGACGUGAGCUCGGAGCCGGAGGAAACACCGACGCAGAUGCUGUACGGUGCUGUUUCGGCGUGCUCAAACCUGCACCCGGAUCCCGUGGAGCCCGGUGAUGAGGACGAGGACGAGUCUAAGUUCCUGUCAACCGAGGAACACGGACAGGCAUUGUUCCAGCUCGGAAGAGAGGCGCUGGACUCGAGUAAUGGGGAUCUGCCACCGCCUGUUGAAGGGAGCUCUGGGUGGAUUACGGCGGACAAUAUGCAUGAAUUCUUUGACGAGGAUGGGAAUUGGAUUGCGGAGGGUGAGCCGCCGGCUUUCCCGCUCGGUCCUGGAGCUGGGACUGUGAGGGAAAGAGAUAAUGGUGACGAGAACGGCGAAGAUGACGAGGGCGAGGAGACGAAGUGGCGGAGGACUGACUAA